AUGAGCAACUUUGGGCAGAUCCUAAAGGAAAUUGGGGAGUUUGGUUUAUUUCAGAAAUGGUUAGUCGCGGGGUUAUGCAUCCCCAGUUUGUUUGCUGCUUUUGACCUAAUUGGUCAAGUGUUUGUAGGAAUGAGCUUUCCACAUCACUGUAACACUGACUGGAUCUUGGAGCGUGGGCCAAACCUGACAGAUGAGAGAAAAAGAAAUCUCACCAUCCCGGUGAACAAGGAUGGAAGAUUUGAAAGCUGUAAAAUGUUCACACCUGUGGAUUUGGAUUUGGAAACCAUUGAAGCAUAUGGACUUAACACUACAACUAGAUGCAUAGAUGGAUACAACUACGAGGCACCCAUAGGUGGUUCCAGCAUCAUGUCAGAGUUCAAUCUGGUUUGUGACAAGAGUGGUUUGAUCGAAGCAUCACAGUCAAUCUACAUGGCAGGUUUCAUGGUUGGAGGGUUGGUGUUUGGGGCAAUUUCUGACAGGUUUGGGCGUCGUUUUGCAAUCCUACUCUGCCUCUCUCUCCUACUGUUGUUUGCUCUGGGUACUGCAUUCACACCAAAUAUCUAUGUUUACAUGGUCUUAAAAUUUUUCUGUGGGAGUUCGGGAGGUGUCAUUAUGAUGAACACAUCUGUGAUGGGGGUGGAGUGGACCAGCCCCUCCAAGUCUGCUGUUUGUACAAUAGUGAUCCUGCUUUUCGCCCCUGUUGGACUGAUGGUGUUACCUGGCUUUGCCUAUUUGAUCCCAAAUUGGAGGAUCCUGCAGCUGGUGCUAUUCAGCCCUCUUCUCCUAAUUGUGGGAAUACUGUACUGGUAUCUCCCAGAGUCAGCUCGCUGGCUGAUGACCCAGGGCAGGAAGGAGGAGGCACUAAAGGAGCUUCAGAGGGCAGCCAGAGUGAAUGGGAGGACAAUACCAGAAGAUCUACUAGACAAGGUAGAGAUGGAGGUUCCCUGCAGAAAAGAGAACAUGUUGGAUAUCUUCAGGGUAUCAUAUUUGAGAAAACAUACUCUCUUAAUGGGCUGCAACUGGUUUUCAACAAGUCUUCUGUAUUUUGGAAUGAGCCUGAACGUUGGCAGUUUCGGCCUGAAUAUCUACCUCACACAGUUCAUCUUUGGUCUUGUGGAAAUCCCUGCGCAGCUCAGCAGUUUGGCUCUAAUUCAACACUUUGGAAGGAGAAUCUGUCAAGCAGGCUUCCUGCUUUUUGGAGGAGUUGCUUUCCUCAUGAUCCUUGCUAUCCCAAAAGAUCUGCCUGUGAUGGUAAUAGCCAUAGCUGUACUGGGGAAAUAUUCAGGCACUGCCUCUUUAAGCACAGCCUAUAUUUAUACUGCAGAAUUAUACCCUACUACUUUAAGGCAGAGUGGUUUAGGAGUAAACUUCAUGUGUGCUCGUGUGGCGGGCAUCCUCGCUCCACUGAUCAGGCUCUUGGACGUCUACCAUCACACCAUCCCCAUGCUGAUAUAUGGCACUAUCCCCAUUGCUACUGCAGGUUUAUGUUUGCUACUGCCCGAAACCCUCAAUGUUGAACUGCAGGACCACACUGAGCUCAAGUGA